UAUAAGUUUCUUCAGAUCUUCUUAUUCUGUACACUUCUGAAGCCUUCAUCAACACUGACAUUUCGCACAUUGCAGAGAUCAGAGGUGACACAGAACAACGGAAAAACAUUUCACAAAAUUAACUGGCAGCCCUCUCUCAGUUAAUUUUUUUAAUUUCAGCAUGGAUUUCGACUACCAAACAAUAAAGGAUGCUGAAAACCAAAAGCGUGCAGAGAUCCUGCAGGCACUGCCCAUCCCACACAGAAGCCUGGUGCAGAGCAGCAGUAGGUCUCAGUCUCCUCCUCUUUGCCGAGCUCCUCCGGUCAAACCCAGGAGAAGCCUAAAAGCACGACCUAUUAUGCAAGAAAAGAGCAUGUCCCUAAUGACCAUGUCUCUGAGCAACACCUCAGUAGCUCUGGAGCCCCUUUCCACCGCUUUGCGUGCACACACCCUUCUGUGGUUCGAAACAUCCCAGAUGCCUCGUCUGCGCCGGCCUGGUCAGCCCCUUCCCUGCUGGUUGCAUGGUUUCACGACUCGCAGGGAGGCUGAAGAAUUGCUGAGGGACACAGUGCAGGGAUGCUUUCUGCUGAGACUGAGUGAAACCAAGAUUGGAUUUGUCCUUUCUUAUAGGGGCAAAGACAGGUGUCGGCAUUUCAUCAUUGAGGAAGAGAGUGACGGGGGGACUGGCGGAGGGGGCUGCUACCUCAUUGCUGGGGAGGAGAGCCGCCACAGCAGCCUGCAGGACCUAGUCGACUACUACACUCAGCACCCAGUUGGACCUUUCGAUGAAGUACUCACCAUACCCUUUGUCAAGACUGGUGGAGACAGCAAAGAACCUCUGUUGGAGACAGUGGGGGGACAGGACUUGUCAUGUGGUGGUGCAGAUGGAGGUGACAGAUCAGAUGCUUCAUCAGCCCCUCUGGCCAUCACACCUGCCCUUACUUCCACAGAUACCCCUGUGCCCCCUGCCAGCGAGACGGAGCAGUACGCAGUGGUAAAGAAGGGUUUGAGGAAGUCUUACUCUCUACCUGACAACAGCCCCGAGGCAAACUCUGCGUCGCUCAGUCUGCAGGUCCCAGACGCAGAUCCUACCAACUCUCCAUCUUUCUCAACAAGGCUAGAUGAUGCCAGGGCCGAGAACAGUGUGGAUGUACCGUAUGCACGGGUGAACAAAGCCCCUCGGGCUCCAUCUGCUGCAGCCACAAACUAUGUAAACAUACCUACAGUGGCCCAAGAGGGCCCCCCCUCUCCCUCCAGUGAAUCAGCAGCGGAGCAGAAGUACUGGGAGAUGGUGCCUUUGCACACGUAUGAGGAGACAAGUCACUUGAUACAGCAAGCAGAGUCACGUGAUCACAUUGACUUCUAUGCCAUGGGAGGAAGGCAGACCGCGGAGGAGAGUGCAGAAAAACACCAUUUGUACUCUGAAAUCAAUCUGAAAGUGAGAGAUGUUCCAGCACCAGUGCAAAUCCCUGGAAGGUCUGUCCCUGAUCUGCCCCAGAGACCCCCUCCCAGGACUGCAAACUGUAAUUCAAGAUACAAUGGAACUGUACAGAGACUGGAUGGAAACAUAACGCUGGACCAGCCACUUCAUUCUAGGAUCCCCAUCCCCCCUGUUCCGGAGAGACCUCUUCCUGAUCCACACUCAUCCAUUUAUGAGCAAAUUCCAGAUAAGGGUUUUUCAUCCAGACUGGAAAAAAAACAAACAAAAAACUGAAUAGUCUACAAUCAAAUCUUCCUUUAAACAAGAUAGGAGGAAUCUUUUGGGAUCGCACUUUGAAGCUGCAUUGGGUGCAGUUGUACAGAUUAUGUGUUUUCACACGUAGUUUUCAUUUCAGUGAUCCACACAUUGGUUGUAGACUACAAAGGUAUUCCAUUUUCAUAUUUAUGUAAAUGUCCUAAAUCCUCAGUUUCUUUAUGCUACAACCAAAAACUCAGUGGAAAAUUGUUAUAUUGCAUUUGCCUACUUUUUUCUCAAAACUUUUUUUUUGCUCUUGCUUUUAAUGACCAAUUUAGAGGUUAUAUCCCAGAGAUACCUGUGAAUACACAGUACUGUUGGGAGAAUUCUCCAGUUUUAAUUUUUAUUUUUGAGGUUUUCAUAACAAUCAUAAACUAGACUAUAAAAUCUGACAUUUGUCUUUUAACCAGGCCACAAAAACCACAACAGACUGUCAUGGUCACACCGGAAGGAACAACAGCAGCAACAACAGUAACUAUUCUAAAAUAAAAAAUAGAUGAUGAUUAUUAUUAU